UGUUGUCGUGCGCGUGUGUGCGUGUGGGGUGCUUUCGUACAGUACGCGGGUGCAUACUUGCGGCCGGCGGCGCGCGGCGGCAGGUACGCUGCGAUAUUUCUACAAUAAUAGUAUUACGAAAAGUCGGUCACCGUAUAUGCCCGGCAAGCGCGACAAAACAUCAACGACACGACAACAACAUUUUUAAUUGUUUACAUAUUAUUGUAUCAGACACCGCGUACCUAUAUCAUCGUCCGUGUUAUUUUUCUAGGCGAAUCCGGGCCCGACGCGGCGAUAUCGAUUGGCCGCAACGCGCUGGCCGCCGUUUUCGGCGUCAUCGCCGUCGUCGUCGUCGUCCUCCCACGUGGCCGCCGCGUAUACCCAAGUGCGCGUCACUACUACGCCGACGACCGCGGCCGAGGUAAUACGCGGACUACGGAGCCACAGGACACGUCCGGGUAACCGCGAGGUGAGUAUAGACGUCUUUUGAUAAUAAUUGGUAUUACGUGUCGGCGCGUAUUGGUUACCGUCGUUACGGUAAACGUUAAAUUAUUAAUUUCGUAUUAAUGAGCGUUCGAGCAUAAUAUAAGGGCCGGAGACGCGCCGGUGAGGUGAGUCGGUCAAGUAUCGACAUUUGGCCGACACGGAGGGAAUGCGAGUUGAGAACUAUGCCGACGCCGAGCAAUCGCGUUCUGCAGUAAUCUCUUCGAAAAUAACGUUUAUUUUUCAUUUCAUAUUUUUAGCACGGGAAGUAGUAUUUUUCUAAAAAAAAGAGUUAAAGUCUUAAACGUCAAAAAUGGACUUGGGCAAUACGCUUGAACGGUUCCUUAUUAAUUAAAACGAUAUUUUUUCACAACGGAUUGUGGCGUGUAAACAAAUAAAUGGAUACCUUGUGUAUCGUGCCGUGAGGUACUCAGUCGUGAUCCGAUGAAUAACGCCAUUUUCGUGCAGAUAUAUUAUUAAGUACCGCAGGUGACACUUAUUAUUGGUUUGACGUACAUAUAUGGUAUGUAAGACGACGAACAAUGCGGUUUUUUCUUGCGUGGAGACCUUUUCAAUCCACACAAUAAACUGCCGAUUGUUCAUAAAAAUAAUUGAAUUACAAAUGAGCAUUAGCAAUAUUGGGCGAUUUUUUUUUUUUCUGUUCAACAACUGAUUACCCCGCAGUACUGCUGUAUAACUUUAAUGUAUAAAACGAAAAUAUAGAGCUUUGUAAAAUAAUCCGUACGGCAUGUUAUCUAUAUGAAGGAAAAAAAACAAACGUAUAUAUUGGCUGUAGUGCGGAGGAAUGUCUCGAAAAAAAAAAAAAAAAACCGAAAAAGAUUGAUGGACGUAUAGACUUUUGAUUUCGUGACGCGAGUACAUUAACCCCUAGUCGCCGCGCGCUUGGAAACGGCCGGUUAUAUUAAAGUUGUAUAAUAUCGGUUUUUUUUAUUUUUUUUUUUAUUUGGGUUAUUUGGGUCGCAAGUAUAUAACAGUGUAAUACACAUACGUAUAUGCACGUGCAGCGGUAUUCGAUAUUUCUAAAUCUCCGGGUGUAUACACGGACAUAUUAAAAAAAUACCGCUUUCUAUAAUAUAUCCACCGCGACGGCCUUUGUCGCGACCACCGUCAAACCGCGCACCGCGCGUGCGUCUGUAACGUACGCUGUUGACUAUCCAAUGUCGGGAGAAAUUUGAUGCCGUUUAACGAUAUCAAUACGAGCGCACCGCGGAGUGCCUGCUGCCCCACGCGUGGGCCGUAGAGACGCGAAUGUUUGAGGAACCCGCUCGAUGACCUCGUGCGGCAGGAAACGCGUAAUAAAAAAAAAAAAAAAAAUGACCGUAACGCACGACGACCGCGCGCACGACCGUCAUUAUGCACGGGGUUAAAAACGAUAUGGGUCAAUCAAUGGGGUUCCCUUAAGUCUUAAUAAAUUAUUAUGAUUGUAUACACGCGCGCGCGUCAUAAAUACAGCCGAAUUUCCACGCGUGUAUACAGAACCGUGAGGCGCGGACCCGAAGACGGUCGCGGCAUAUUAUUCGGUACAAAAUAUUAUCGCUUAUUGUCGUGGAUUCCCCGCCGACCGACGCGUGCGUAAACUCCCCGUCCGCGUUUUUAUAAAUAUACACGCCGUUGUUUUUUCAAGCACAUCUGGAACGCGCGCACAUAGGUACCGUGCAGGAGUUCGGUCCCGGAACAUCAUCACGUAUACACACAAAAUAACAAUGUACAUACAACGGCGCCGAUACAGAAAACCGAUUUAAGAAAACAAAACAACGUUAAAAAAAAAAAUAUAUAUAUAUAUAUAUACAUAUGUAUGCAUAAUAAUAAAUACGUAACGCUCGUUAAAACAACAGACGUAUAGUCUUAUGCACAUAGAAGACGUGGUCUUGCUGCAUCUAUGGAAUAAAAAUAAGAUACCGCUGCAGUGUGGUAUAUAUAUAUAUAUAGUAUAUAGUGAUUGUGACGUGCCUAUUUAAUAUUGUGUUUAUUCGUUUCCGGAGUUGAUAUGAAUGUGACGCUGCGUCCCCUUUGCUAAACAUACGUCGUCCUAUACGGAAGUGUUUAACUUUAUUUUUAGUGCACAGCAUGGACGUGUUUUCGAAGAGCGGCAGUCUGCAGUUUCCGAAAAAACACCAUCGAUGCAUAUCGUUGGAAAGGUAAAAAUAAAAAAAACCCCCGGAGCGCACGUCGUGUUAUAAUACGACGACGAUAAUAUGGGAUUCACUCUAGAGCUUUUAGAGUCGUUUGGGUUACGUGUAUAAAAACGAUGAGCUCUGAAAUGUAACGUUGUAAAUUAUGGCGUUGACCAAUCAAAGGCGAAAUCGGAGAUAAAAAAAAAAAAACGUAAUAAAUACCCAUAUUACGUUCUGGAACGAUUAGGAAAAAUCAAUUUAAAUUUAAACAUAAAAAAAAAAAUGGGUCAAUAUAUUUCAUAAACAAACACAAUAUCUGUGUGGCGAUUUGUGUGUUUAAACGCUCAAAUCGAAUAAUUUCAGUUUGAAUACCGUCUAUACUUGAAAUUGCUAUUCUCGCCUCGCGGAUUGGUUGACAUCAAAAACGCCUAAAGACUCUAAUGUGAAUCACCUUCAUUAAAACCGAUCAUACAUUAAUAUAAAAUCGCGUUGUCUUUAUUUUGUCUGCAGCGGUGAAACGCUGUCGAAAAAAUCCUAUCCGAAAACGACCAAUUUGGAUAUGCCGAGAUUCUUUCCCCGGCGGUAUUCGACGCCAGAGCUGGCGAUGAGAAAACACGCGCUCAAACAUCACGACGACGGAGGCGUUAUUAACGUACACCCGAUAUCGAACAAAUCGUGUCAGACAGACAUUUUGGGCCUGGACAAGUAUUUACAAAGGCCGCGGCCGCCGGGAGCAGCGGCGGCGAGCCGGCAGACCUCGGCUGCGGUGGCGUUGCAGCAGCAGAGGACGGCGUACAAGAAAUCGUCGUCGAGAAAACCCAAAGUCCGGUCGGUCGGGGUACACUGUGAACGGCGGCGGUUAACGUUCGCAGCGUUCAAAGGCUGUCAAAAGUUCAAGCACGUGUAUAAGCGCAAAAUCUCAUUGCCGCAACCGCGAUCGCGGUCUCCGACGACCACCGCGUCAGACGACAGCGGCCGGCGGGAUAGCGGCGUUCUGCCGAAACUGUGGCCAGAUCGAGUGGCAGCAGAAGCCGAGAAACCCGUGGCCGCUGCAAAAGCUGCAGGCCCGACCGUCAAGUUACCCAGGAUACCGAUGACGAAGGACGCGAAACUCGAAUCGGAUCGCACAGAUGACGGCGCAAGAGGCGGUACGAGAUUGGCCAGACUGACCAGGCCACAGUCGACGGGCAGCGGUAGCAGUGCAGACACCGCAGACAGAAAAUUGGCGUAUUUUCGGGCCAGUUCGGCUCCAAAAAUCGAUUCACGGUAUAACACUACGCUAUGUUUUAUCGCCAGCAGUGCACCCGCGCCUGCGGCACAGCCGACGGAACGCGAACUGCAGUCGACGACACCGGGCUCCAGCGAUACGGCCGACACCACGCUAAACAUGUCGUACGUAGUCCAACAUCAACCGGAGUCCGCGGAAAACGAUGUCGUGAUGGACGGGGAAACGGAAGCGGAGGUGGAGGCAACUGCCACCGUAGCGACGACUGGUGCCAUGGGCUCCUGUACCACGAGGACCGUGUCCACGUCCACCUGCAGCACGUUUGCCGCGGAGCCCAUUUUCCCGAUAGUGUUCAGUUGCGAGAGCGUUCUCCGGCACCCGUUGGACGCCGGCGGUUACGUAUCGCACACCGAGAGCCACCGGUUUAGCGUACACUACGUGCCGGUCGAAGAGCCCCAGGCGGCCACUAACGACGACGACGACGAUGGAUCGCGGUCUUCGUCGUUGGUUUUCGCGUCGUCCGGUAGACCGUGUCAAAAUAACGAACGGCGUUUGACCGGCGACUCGAUAUCCAUCACGCCGUCCACCACGCCUAUGUCAUCGAACACAGUGGGCGAACGGCGUUUAGUCAUCGAACGCAUGAACACCGACGUACAAUUCAGAAACGUAGUGACGUCCGAAGUUCCCAACGAAACGCCGUCGGUCGAAGACGACAGUCAGCAGCGAUCGUUAACGGUUGAAGAUCCGCGGUCGGAGGAGGGUUACCGCUUCAGUGCCGCGGUAGUGGAUGAUAAUCGGGCGGACGUUAAAACACCCAAAAAUAUCGCCGAACAAAAUAUCGAAGACGUCAUAAUAGUACAAAACGAGAAUUCAGUACCGGUGCGAAAUAAUAUGUCGGCCAAUAAAAUUAUUGAUCAUUUUGGCAAUGGCGGUGAGGGAGACGAGGCCACUAAGCUUACAGCGCACGCACAUUGCACGGACAUGCCAUUACAACAAUCCGACAACGAACAAAAUUAUGAGCGGUUGACACAAAACCAUCAAAAUACAUUUGAUUCCGACCGUACCGUUUCGAAUCAGUCCCCGAAAUUCGACGGCACGGAAACGCAAAUAGAACGACAAAGCGUUUUAAAACCGGAUACGCACGCAAUUGCGGCUGACGAAUUGGACGUGCAGUUACAUUCGAGUUUAGUGCCUAAAACCGACGAGAUCGAUGGCCAUCGCCGCGAUGACGAGCCAAGACAACAGCAAAUCGAUAACAAUAAUCAUUAUUCUACCGAAGUUUUAGAAGUUAUCGGCCAUCAUCCGGACGAAAAGCCGGCCGAAGAAGUAGACGAAAAUACUGAAGUUAUGGCAUCGCGUCGGUGUCGCAAACAAUACGACGGCGAGACGACCGCGAGAAAACCCGGAGUCGAAAACAGCAAUCACGCGACCACUGGCGAAAACAGUUACAAACCGGCAAUACAAUACCCUGCAAAUGAUCGUCGAAGUUCUGAACACAACAACGACUACGGCGAUAAACUUCACGUUCCGAAUCGACUUUACGGUAACAUUUCGAACGGAAAACGAACCACUGAUGGCGGCCGAGACGUCAAUGGAGACGUCGCCCGAAACUCGCAUCACACGCGUCACUCGGAUAACAAUAAUAUGAUGAAUCACGAAUCGAUGAACCGCGACGGAUACGUUUUAGAUGAUAUAACCGUCGACAGACAUACGCCACCGAAUAAUAUGGCGGGGGCUGCUAAAAAUGUACCGAAUAAUCAAUACUACGGAUUGUUUGCGGGAAAACGAUCGAACGACUUAUUAUCGGACGAUGUCGGUGAACAGGACGAUGCGAAUAAUAUCGCUGAGCGCCGCAAGUACGACACGAAUUGGUAUGGAACGAUGGGCGCGAUGGAACCACGCGUCGAUUCGCAUCACGUUCGCGUCGACAAAGACGUGGAUACGAACGCGUGCCAUAGAUGCACGCGCAAAAAUAACGACGCGGAUGUCUCGGCCGAAUCCAGAAAUUACGGUUACAGAAACUUGUACGGCGGUAGUCACGGAAAACACGCGCAGCAAUAUCAUCCGAUGUCGAAACAUAGGCUGGAGUCCGUAGACGAGACCGCGGAGAGUACUAAGCAGUCGAACUAUAUCGGCGGUUUUUUGUUCGGCGACGCUUUCUACAACAGGAAACAGCCGCAAAAAUACGAAACCGACGACCCGCACGAUCGCCACGGUAAUAACCACGUAUACCAUUCCAAUAAGUACGAGUAUUACGACGAUUCGAAAAAAGUCAAUUUCUCGUUGAGAUCCAACGACCGGUACGACUAUUAUCAGGAUUACGUGCCGAACAACCGGCACAGCCCGCGGGACGAGGAUUGUACAGUGUUCGCGGACGUGAAGUCACCGCGCAAGUCCAAGGGUCGCGGCGGCGUUGAACUCGAUCCGCGGUGUCCGUUGACUGCAGCAGCGGCGGCGCAAACUUCGUCGUACUACUCGCAACUGCAGGCCGACCAACAGGCGUCGUACGGCGACGAUUGCAGCAAGAACACGGACAGCGACGAAAGUCUAACCGACAGCUUGGAGGACGGCAGCAAGUUCGAGGGCGCGGCCGUUUCGUAUUUCCUGGCGCUGGACGGCCAAAAAUCGGCCGUCACGUUCACGUUGAAGAUGCCCGACACGCUGGAGAGCCGUCUAAAUCGGCGGCACAGCCUGCUCAAGAAGCACCUGCACGUGACGACGACCGUAAGGAAGGUGGCGUCGACCACGCGCGUCCGGACCCGGCACAAGGGCUGCCAGACACUGUGGACCGAAGAAAAAGGAGUGCAGGUACAGCGGGGAUCCACGGCCACCGCCCGGAAACCUGCCGUCGACGAUCACAAAGUACUGGAAACCUUGUUGGCGGGCCUGGAACGUAACCGCGUGUCGGAAAACCAAAUACGAGUGGUCAGCGGCCAGAAAAUGGUGUCCGAGGGCAACCAGACGGAACUGCAACCUCCUUCUGACCGACAGACCCAGACCACCAGGGACGCGGCCGCCGGACCGGAAACUCCGGAAAAAAACGCGAUCACUGAAGCGGCGACUGGGCAAGGACACCAUCACAAGUCGCACACGGUGAAAAAGUUUUCCUCGGACAACGCUUUGAUGGUAGGCGUUGUGAGACAAAACAAAUACAAAGGGAAAGAAGCAGUGGACGGUGCUAAGAACGAUCAGCUUCUCACUUUGUCCAAGGGUUGGAUCAAUUUUUACACACUUAGGGCUGACAGCGCAGAUGCCGCGGAAGCACAAGGUAAUUUUUUUUUUUUGUCACCUACCUAUUUCCAUGUAACAUUCCGAGAAACUGAUAAGAAUCCUAGAAAAAAUAAUUCAAAUAAAGUUCUGCCGCGCAGAUGCCGGACGGGAAAUUUGCACCGUUUAAAGUUCCUGAGACGUGAAAGAAUUUAGAGGACUUUUAUAUUUCCGGUUUUCCCCGAUUAUUAUAAGCCCCUUGGAAAAUCAAAAGAUGGCGUUUUUAAUGCACCAACUAAAUCCAAAAUUUAAAAAAAAAAAAAAAGGUACAUUUUUAUAUUUUUGAUUAUUAUUACAGACAGAAAAACAAAAAUAAUAAACCACACAUUAUAGUAAAACCAAUAGAUCCCUCGUUACGCUAAGUAUCUAAAACCCACAGAAUUUUAAAACGAUAGAAUUGUAUACCUACAAACACGGCCGUGUUUAUGAUUGUUGGCAUAAUUAUAGAACUGAACGAUAACGACGACGAAGAGAUUAAAACCGAGGACGACGGCCAACAAUACACGGUACACGUCCAAGCCAUUCCCGAACCAGUCGUGUUGCCCGUUCUCCAUGUUCCGAACCGAAACGUUUCGCAAGUACCGAAAACGUGUUCGACUACAAAGCAUUUGCCAAGACUAGUGCAAACAGAAACCAACAAUAAUAAUAACACUCACCAACAACAUUUCUCGUCACAUUUGGGUAGGGGCCGUUUAAUUAAAUAUAAUAUUAUAUUAGCCUAUUGGGUACCUACCUAAUUACGUGUAUUAUUCAUAAUGGUUCAAGGUCCAGGGUCGGUUUUAAGGUAAAAACUCAGAGGAGUGUGUCCAAAAAAUUGUCUACUCUAUGUGGUGGCAAGAAUAGAGUUGUGGGGAGUAAUUAGUCGACUAACAUUUGCUAUAUGCUAACUAUUGAGUAAAAUUAGUGUUAAAAUCUAAAAAUAAAAUAGAUUAUUUGAAAGCCAACAAAAUUUCAAAUGUCGAAGGUAAAAUAUUAGAUAUAAGAUUUAUACAUAGGUGAUAAAUAAUAAUGUGUGUUUAAAUUGACUGUUUUACGACUAGUGUUUUUAUUCUUUUUUUUUUUUUUCGUGAGAUUAAAUUAUACAAACAAAUAUACGUGCAGUAACAGAAGCGUAGGUACCUAUAGAUUUUGAAUAUGAGUGGUUCAAAAGUUCAAUUACCUAAGUACUAAAAGUAUUGAUCUUUUGAUAAAAUAAUUUAAAUGCUGAUAUAGGUUUUAGUUGUAGUUAUGUAGUCCUUAUUAAUGCUUUUAAAAUUCACAUUAAAAAUAAUGCAGGGAUUAAAUUGAAAAAAACAGACAUAAUUCGCACAUGGAUGAGCCACUGUUGUAGGUGAGAAGUUGGGAAGGUGGAGGGAAAAUUUAAUUUUAUAUAUUAUGUACGCAAAAUAUUAGUCAUUGCUAACGAAAAAUGAUUCUGAGCGGAAUUCGGUUUAUAACAGGGACGUGCUCACGGGGGCGGGGGCUGAGGGUGUCAUAUACCCCCAUGAACUUUUUUUUUACGCAUUGUUUAAAGUUCCUUGGUAGUUUCAGUUUUCUCGGAAAAAAAAGGUACUAAAAAGGUUAAUUGUUAUCACACAUAUAAAAUAUGUUUAGUAGAUACUGUAGUAAUAGUAAUCAUCUAUAGAUAAUGCAUAAUUAAUAUUAUAAAUAAAAAAAAAAGGUACCAAUGGACUGUCAUAAUAAAUUAUUUCAGUCCAUUAUAUUCCGAUAUCUAUGUCAUAAACGCGACCAUCGACAUAUUAAUAUAUUAUCAAUAGUAUUUAUAGUUAUGCAGUUUUUAGCUAUGCCAUAAUAAAACUUUUAUAUUAAUGCACACGCCUAAUUCCUUAAAUAUUUUUAAUGAUUUCAUAUUUUAGAUUCCGAGCGUAGCGAAGGAGUUAUUGGGUUUACAAUGCUGUUUCUUUGUUCUUUGUUCUAGUCUGUGGACACGUUUUUUCCUAGUAAACUUGCUCCGAUGUAUAAAUGUAGCGGUUUUUCUGAACGCUUAAGCUGUUUAGAAUGUACUUUAAAGAGGUCAUUUUUUGAUUUUCAAUGUCAAUUUUUAAAUAAAUGCACUUAAGUGAGAAAAAACAUAAGAAAACGUAGAACCAAGUAGUUUUAGUAGAUUCCGAACUAUCGGAACGUAGAAAACCUGACCUAGCCUUACAUCUGCUGGAAAAGUUUUCCACAUAAAAAAAAUAAUAAUAAUAAUAAAAAAUAAACAUAUUUAUAAAACCAUAAGCUUCUUCGCUCCACUCAGAAUCUAAAAUACAAGUAUAUACAUGUUAACAUUGUAGUUUGUACCCAACUACCUACUCCUAAAAUAUCAAUGUUUUACACCAAUAAGUAUUCAUUUUGUAAAUUUGUAUGUAUGACCACCAACAAAACAAAAUACAGUUCAUCCCUCCCCAUAGGAAAAAGUUGAGCACGCCACUGGUUUAUAAUGUUGCUUUUUCAACAAUAUACAUUUGAUAUUAUGUGUGAUAAAAUAAUUACAUAUGCAUUAUUUUCUAUAAUAAUAUUUGGUUAAUAUUUUAUCUAUUUUCUCAUUUUUCUUACGGGUUUUUCCGGUUUUGCCCGUUUAUUGGGAAAAAUCAACAAAUGAUCUCUCUAAAGUACUAUCCCAGUCAAAUAUUCUUUCAGGAAAAGUGCUGCACUUGAACAUUUCUGGAAGUCGUUCAUAAAAAAAAUAAAAAUAAUAAUAAAAAUAAACAUCAUUGUAAAACCAAUACACUUCUCGCUCCAUUUAGAAUCUAAAAUACUUAAUAGAAAAGAAAGAGAAAAAACCAUACAUCAUAGUGAAACCAUAUACAAUACUAAAGGUUAAAAAACCAAAGACCUUUAAAAUCUGUUAUCAUAAAUAAUUUUCAAAACGACAGAAUUGUAUACCUACACCGCCGUGUUUAUGUAGGUACACAUCGGCAUGAAAAGCUGCCCGUGCCAAAUUUAAUAAUUACUAAUUUACAACAAAAAAUAAUUUAUGAAUUUUUUUUUAUGUAUUUUAUUCUUAUAAAAUACCGAUGAUAUUAUAAUAUAUGGAUCAAAUAAGGGUACCCGCAGAAAUAUAAACCGGGGGGGGGGCAGUCAAAAGUAUAAGCUUUUUUUUACAACUCACAAGUAAUCAUGGCUUUAAUAUUUAAGCCAUGCAAGCAAUAAAACAGUUAAUAUUUAAUGUUAACUAAAAUAGCGGGGGAGGGGACAUGGGUUUUUGGGCGCCCUUCGGGUUAAACAAUUUACUUUACUUACAUAACAUAUAUGUGUACUCGUUUUGAGACUUCGGACGGACUGCUCGGGUACUCGGAUUGCCUGGUAAAAUGUUUUAUUUUAAUCGUUUUACCACCGUGUACUGGCUUUUCGUUUCUCGAUUUAUAAUCACGGCUAAAAAUAAUUCCACAAUUGAAGGGUGGGGCGGGAAUAACGUGCUGUGUAACGUUUGUUCGGAUUUCGUGUUUUAGCGGAAUAACGUGCCAUGAAGCAAUCUCGAUCUAUUCGUGUAAUCGUAAAAUUCCCAAAAUGUCUUUAUCGUACACAAUCAUCGUAUGCAAACGUAGAAAUUUGUCGACUAUUAAAACGUGCUAUGUGCGUUACCUGGUCUCCACUGUUCGCAGUCAGUUGACGCGACGCGCGACGUUCGGAUAUUGCGGUCAUAAAGCUAACGAAAAAAAUUCGGCCACGGGAGCGAAACGGCGUUAAUAAUUUAAAUAUGAUACAAUCGAAUGUGGUUUUAAUAUAAUACAUUUAGCUAAAAUCUAUAAUAGUACACAUACAACGAACAAAAAAAAAAAACGGCAUUUACUUUACACUUUCACAGUUUAGUGAUGGUUACCUAAUGGUAACAGUAUCUACCAGAUAAUCUUGAACCUCCGUUAAGCGGGUAUACCUUGGUAUACUAAAUAUUAAUAGGUAGGUAAUGAACGGUUGUGGCAUAGAGUAUAGACUCUAGAAUGUGUUACUCUUUGGGCCGGAGCAUAUCAAUACGUAAUGCGAGUGUGAAAAACUCAAGGUGGAUAUAAUGUAUCCACUAUUUUUAUUCCUAAUCACAAAAUAUCAUAUCAAUAAAAUCCCUGUGGUUAAGUACACAUUUAUAACUGUUCGGUGCAAAGUGGGUUAAUUUUUCCAUCGAUUGAUUAAUAAUUAUUUUGAAUAUUUACCAUUUAUUUUUAAAAUAAUCAUAAAAUGAAUACACCUUGGUUCGAAGAAACUAUUCAAAAUGGGGAAUGGUAGACAGUAAACGGCCCAGACGUGACAAUAAUAGGUAUUAACAUUUCUAUUUCGAUCAUAAUCUAAAAACAGCAUAAUAAUACAAAUUUAUACAACUAGUCGGUUUUAAUUAGGUAGAGGUAGGUACUUAUUACCAUAAAUUAUUAAUUAAUUUCAUAAAAUUUGAGUUUGAAUUUCCAACUUACGAUUAGAGGUAUGUAACAGUGGUGCACACCGGGGAGGUCUGGGGUAUCGACUUCCACCUUUCAACAAAUCGAUGGGUGCCUAGUGAGUUUAGAUGUUAUUUUUAUGUAUAUUGGUUUAAUAUUAAUAGUAUUUAUUUGUAAUUUAGUUUUAUUAUGUCUAAACUCGUAUUUGACUGGUGGAGUGGUUAGGUACCCUGAUAUUAAUAUUUUCGACACCCUUGUGAAAAAUGUGCUAUGCGCCACGUAGAACAAAUAUGAAUGUGACACCCUAUAUCCUGAAAUAUCCUUAGUCACAUUUUAGAAAUAAUUUUUAAACGUUGAAAAAAAAAAUCACUUAAAUUAUAGGUAUGUAUCUUAUGACUAAUGUUUCUUUGUUGUAAUUGAGUUUAAACAUUUUAUUUUAAUUAUAUAUGAUUUAUUUUGUUUGAAAAUACUAUUACCACCAAUAUUUUUUUAAAUUAAAAACUAGGUACCAAUAAUUUUUAAUGACUUGCUUGAAAUAAAAAUAAAUAAAGCCACUGUUACAAUAAGUACCCAUACUAGUAAAAACUAUUAGGUACAGUUUUAAAUAUCUAGGUAUUACUAAAUUAUAAGUAGGUACUUGUAAAAUUAAAAUUAAAUUGUUAUUUUAAUCAAAUACAUUUUAACAUUCUAUAAUCUAUAUGUUAGAAUAAAAAAAAAAUAUAUAUAAAUAAAUAUAUAUUUACUAAAGAUAUUCGUUUUAAAUAUUUUACCCAGGAAAUUUUAUUGUUUUUUGUUUAGUAAUAAAUAAAUAUUCUUAUUCUAUACAAUUUAAUUAAAUGGCAUGGUUAAUUCAUACAGCGACAGAAAAUGGUUGGUGUGUCAGUGUGGAUGGUCCAAACAAUAUGCAUAUGAAGGUAUCAUUACUACCAGACAAGUCAGACGUUAAAUCGUCCGAACAUUUCGACCUCAACGGUAAAUGCAAUUAUUGUAAAAGAGUAUCAUAAUGUUUUUGUUGAGUGUAUACAAAUGUUUAGAAGAAAACAAACUAGAAGCGAGGAGGCUAGCUUUGCAAAGAAAAAACAAUUAUAUGCGCAAGCCUUAUCGAAACAUUAAAAGAACACAAUCAACGGUACCUAUCUAAUUUUAUCUAUUAUGAUAAUUAAAAAUAGUUAGUAUUCAUAGAUUUUGUUUAGCCAAGAGACAUGUUCUCUGCUGAUGUUUCCAGAACUGAGUCCGCAUUAUCAGCUGAAAGUAAAUACAUUGAAACAAUUGACACACAAUUAUUAAUCCAUAAGGCUCGAAGGUAUAAAUGGUUUAAGAUACAUCCAUUAUUUAAUACGGAUACAAAUUAAAAUAUUGUUUUAUUUAUUUGAUAUAGACGUUUAAGUCAAGAGUGGGACACCAGAAUUCAGAAUAGAGGUGUUACAGAAUCAGUACAGUUGGUCGUUACAGGAGAUUCGGUUUCCAGUAGAACACAGCAUUACGCGACCAGAGGGCAUCAACAUUGCUCAUUCAGACGACAAUCAAGAAGAAUUUAAAAUUAAAAUUUUUAACAUAAUAUUAUUAUUACAAUAAUAAUUACUAUUUUUUACAAGUAGGCAAAUAAUAAUAAUUUUAGUUACUAAAUAGAAAAACUAUAAUUAUUAUUCACAAUUACACAUAUUAUUUACAUUAAUCAAACAAUAAUUGUCAUAAGAGUUGAUGUUUUGUUAUCAUAAAACAUUAUUAUAUUGUUAUUAAUUUAGACUGAAUCUGUUUCACAUAGAAGCAAUAAUUACAAUUUUAUUAUAGUGUUUCAAAUGUGUGUGUUUAAAUUUACUGCCAUAUUAGAAUCCUUGUCAUAAACAAAUUCAAGUUAUUCUUUUUUGGGUUGACCAAUUGCAAAUUUAAUUUUCUUUUCUUCUGGUUCAUCUUCUGACUUUUCAAGGACGUUUUUUGGUUGUGUUUUAGCAUAAGCCGGGGUAAUCCAAUAUGGAUUUUCAGCUGCAUCUUUAGCAUAUUUCAAAAUAGCUUCUCUUGGAUCUUGGUCAUCUUCUACCCGUUUACUUAGUCCCAAAUUACGAAUAACAUACGAACUAAGAGUGCUACCGGAUGCAGCGACACGACCACCCUGACCAGAUUUGAUUGGUAAAUCUGGCCUCUUUGAUUUGACUGGAUCCAAUCUGUCUUUUUCAAUACGUUUCUUGAAUGAUUUAUUCCUAUCUUGUCUAAACAUUGGUAAAGCGUGUGGUGUUAUAAUUUGUUGUGUUGGUACCAUUUCCAUUUGUUUGGUUUUGGUAUGAAGUUUUGAAGCACACAACAUUGCACCUCUAUGACUGUUGACCUUAUCAUAGAACACCUUAACAGUUCCGUCGCCACAACCUGCAAAUAAUUGUUUAAGCUUUGGAUGCCAAUAUACUUUGAUGGAGUGUGUAUCGGAAACUUUGACUUUUUCAAGAAGUUCAAACGAGUUUGUAUUGUAAAACAUUAAAUGACCUCCUAAUUCUUUCUUUGGUUGUACCGAAUGACCAGUUACUACUAUUGAAUCAUCUGGACUAAAACAACAAUCUGUAGUAGAAUAUCUGUAAAAAUUUA